GUUCAGUAACAACAUGAAGAUGACUGAAGAAGAACUGGACAGUGGGCAACAAGAGCUGGAAAGAACCUUUCAAGCCUUUCUACUGACCGAGAAACAGGCCUCUUCAGCUGGUUUCUGGGCCUCCUGUUCCCAAAGUAAACAAACGACCUCUUACUAAAAGUUUGGUCGCCCAACUCACAUUGAUGCCUAAGACCCAGCUGAUUUCUCUUCAUUUCUGCAAAGUUACUGUACCAUGGCAGGCCAACGAACAUGUCAAAGGAAGAGCAGCAGAGCUGGCCCCAAGAAAAUGCAAGAACCUCCAAAGAGCAUUGAAGAAUUCUUAAAGUUUCAAAAUUGGGAUUAUUGGCCAAGGGAAAUCCAUUUUAGAGAUGAUGAUGAAUGGUCACGCACUCUGAAAAAAAUAAAAGACGAUAGUUCAUUUGUUUCAAUUUAUACACACCUAUGGGAAAAUGUUCCUCGAAUAUUUGAAGCACUUUUGAUCAUGGAAUCAAAAUUAAAGGAAUAUUCACUUAUUUUGCAAAACCACACCUCUAAAAUAUUUAAGUGGAAAAGCAUGAUUUCUGAGACAAGUUCUUACAGAAAAUUGGAAAGAUAUGAGGAAUUUCUAAAGAAGUACCAUAAGAAAAAAAAGAUAAUGCUUUCAGAUGAAAUGGAGACAGAGAAGAAUAUAGAGGGUUGCAGCUUCACAGGAUUCAAAGCCAAUGAACUUACUAAGCUACCCAGACAUUUGGAUGCUGAACGAAUUUAUCUUUUUAUUUUAAAAGCCCAUAAUUUUGAUGAAAGAGUUUUUAAAAUCUGGAAGACUCAUUUUCUCUCAGAAGCCUCCAUUGCUCUUUUGCAUGACUCCUUUUGGUGGUGGUUUCUCCAUAAGUUCAGGCCUGACAGAGAAAACCAAGAUUGCUUAUUCGAUAGAAUUUCAGAAAGUUAUGUGACACUUUUCAUGAGCAUACCUGUAAGUCGAAAGGAUGCAUUCUUUCAGAUAUAUCCUGAUUGUUUGGCACAAGCCAUAUAUGCAACAUUCCAUGAAGCAUUUCCAGAAUCUAGUUACCUCUUUAAUGAUGAAUUUAAAGAAGAUCUAGGGAAUACCAUUUUUCUUUGGUGUUCAGGUUUAAAACCUCAAAAAGGCUUUUGGACCCACUGGAAACUGAAAGAACUCUCCACAGCCACCAUUCAUGGUAGCGAAAAAGCACCUGCAAAAUCAGUAAAGGAAAGAAUUGCAGACAGUCAAGAACGUAUAACAACUACUAUCGACUUCAAUAUUAUAAAGAUUCUAAACAACCCAAGAGCAUAUGUGUUGCCCAUAUCCAAGGAAGAAUCAGGAUUAUCAAGACUAGCAACAAAGUCGCACUAUAGUAGUAGUGGUCCAGAGUUUAAUCGUGUUCUCUUCAAUUUUGGAGGUCAGAGUCCAUUGAUUUUAUAUUAUCUUAAGAUGCAUGAGCUGGCUGGUAUUUCCAAAGCACCUAAGAAAACCAAGAUUAAACUCACUAAGAUAUUCCACGAACCACUACCUGCUCCAACAUACCGUGAUGUUAUAAAGGAGGCAAAAAGACAAUUUGCAAGGAAUCGAAAGGAUUUUAGGAUACUCCAAGCAAAGGCUACCAAGAAACCUCACGAAGUGAAACAAGACUUUGAGAAGUUUCUACAUGAACUGCGUUCUGAAGCUGAAAUUGAGAGAGAAUGUGUGGCAUCACUGUCGUCGUCAUCAUCAUCAUCAACAGAGAACUACAACUUUGAGGAAGAAGAAUACUAAGAGAAACCGGAAAUGAACUCUAUUUAAG